AUGGGUGCCUACACAUACGUGUCGGAGUUAUGGAAGAAGAAGCAAUCCGAUGUGAUGCGGUUCCUGCAAAGAGUCCGCUGCUGGGAGUACCGUCAGCUUCCAGCUGUUGUACGUGUCACCCGCCCGACCCGGCCCGACAAGGCCCGCCGCCUCGGAUACAAGGCCAAGCAGGGUUAUGUGGUGUACCGUGUGCGUGUUAGACGUGGUGGGAGGAAGAGGCCUGUACCCAAAGGUAUUGUGUAUGGAAAGCCCACCAACCAAGGUGUUACCCAGCUAAAAUUCCAACGCAGUAAGCGCUCUGUUGCUGAGGAACGCGCUGGACGAAAACUUGGUGGUCUGAGGGUCCUCAACUCUUACUGGAUUAAUGAGGACUCUACUUACAAGUACUUCGAGGUUAUCCUUGUUGACACGGCCCACACUACUAUCCGCAAUGACCCAAGGAUCAACUGGCUCUGCAACCCGGUCCACAAGCACAGGGAGCUUCGUGGGUUGACCUCUGCUGGAAAGAAAUACAGAGGUCUCAGGGGAAGAGGCCACCUGCACCACAAAGCCCGUCCUUCGAGGAGGGCCACCUGGAAGAGGAACCAAACCCUUUCCCUGCGCCGUUACCGUUGA